AUGGCGGCCCUAGCCUUCAAGGCCAUCAGCUAUGGCGCAGAGCAGAUUCCUGACAAGUUCUUCGAAAAGAUCCCCGGAGGCUACUUCACGCCAGCAGAACAAAAGGAAAUCAAGAAGCACCGCAAAGAUCGCAAAGACAGAGAAGGAAGAGAACGACACCACAGUGAAGAGAAAUCCAGCAAGCGCAGCUCACGACAAGAGCGCAGCCCGCCGACUGAAUACUCCGAUUACUACACCGACGACACCGAUUACGAGCGUGAACGAGAGCGACGAAAAAGAGAGCGACGACGUGCAAAGAGUACUGGAACGACUAGUAGAAGUUUGAGUCGGGGACGACACGGGAGACAUAGCAGCGACUUGGACGGACAGCACAGCGAUCCAAGAGACAUGGCUCAACCACAGCAGGGACAGCCCUACUUCCCUCCUCCGCCUACAUCCGAGUAUAAGCCGUAUAAUCCACAGGAGUAUGCUCCUAGCCCCGUGCAAGAUCAUCGCCCAUCUGCUACACCUGCCUACGGUUACUCUCCUCAGCUGUCCGCCUAUGUUGAGAAGCCGGACAACGUCGACUUCGUCCAGCCCUUUUUCCUUCCAGCCUCAUUUGCUUCGCACGAUUUCUCGCGGUUCUCCCGUUUCUGCUGCUUUCACUCCCCAGCACCUGCAGAACCACGUGGUGUCACUCUAGACUAUGGCCAGCGCGAAGCUCCCAGAAGUUCUAGGUAUACUCCUGGCCCUGGAUACGCGCCGUCGCCCGCGGUAGACGCGCCCAUUCCGCCUCCACCUGUGGGAUCAAAUUCUCCUAUGAAUCCCUAUCACCAUACUGAGUUUCCUGCGACUGGCGCUGGCUACCAACCGUCUCCACCGCCCUUCAGCCGUCAGCGCUCCAACUCCCAACCUACUUUCGCGCCAGUGCCCAGCGCAGUUUACCCGACCUAUAUACCUCCAUCGGCUGAACAGCCAGUGGUCGCAUACAACGAAUCUCAACCUCGCUCUCGGCGUGAGAGUACCAAGCCUCGUCGUGAACAUCGCCACAGGGCUAGGUCCGUUGACUCUCACUCCCACCAGUCCCGCUCUAGCAAAGACCACCGUCGAGAUGAUUCGCGCAUGACUAAAGUGCGUGAUAGAUUCGAUAGCAUGGAUCUGCGCGAGAAGAGCUUGGCGGCAUCGGUGGGAGGAGCAGCUGCGGGUGCGUUGGGUGCCAGGCAGAUUGCGACACGUUCAAGAAGCCGAAGCAAUCGCCGCUCCACGUCCCGUUCUCGCUCCCGAUCCCGGACUCGCGCGCAUGAGCGCGAGCGCAGUAAAGGCCCCGGCCUACGUGCUAGAAGCCGCAGUGUAAUUGAUCGAUUCCGUUCCAAGUCUCGCGGACACGACGACCGCGAUGCGCGAAGGGAUGACAGGCGUGACCGCGAUCGCCGUCCAGAUCAUGGAUAUGAUUAUGGCCGCGAUGAUUACGACUACUUCAGCAGCGACUCUGACGGAGAUGGCAGCCCUGUCAAGACGAGGCGACACCGAAAGAGGGACUACUAG